AAAGCCUUUAAAACAAAAAUAAUAUCGGAAUUGUAUAAAGGGACCCUGGGGGAUACAAAUGUUUUAGCCUUUAAAAAGCCGGUUACUUGUUUUAAGUACGGGCAGUUAAGCCAUAUUGCUGCAGCAUGCAAAAUACGGACGAAUAAUCCGAAAACCCCGUUAGCCCCAGCAAUUACACAAAAGGCAAAAAGGAAAAGGCCCGAAAUACGGUGUUACGGGUAUAAAAAGCUAGGCCAUAUCCGGCCGGCGUACUUUAAAAAAAGCAAAAUAUCGCUACCCAAUUCGAUACCGCUGUUUGGCCGUUUAAGCACCGGGGCUUAA